CGACGCGGAACUGGUGUAGCUCGGGCAAGACAGGCGCGGGCGCCCUGGGGCGGGACUUCCGGCGGCGCUGGCGAGCGUCUUCCGACAGUGCGCUGGAGUGGUCCUGCCGGCCACCGGGACAUGAAGGCCCCGGACCCUGAGGUUGGAGCCCGCCCGUGACCACCCGCCUGCGGCCCGCCCGCCCGCCAUGAAGGUGCUCCUGCGCGUGCUCUGGCUCGCUCUGGCCUGCGGCCCCGCUCACGCCACCCUGUCGAAGUCGGACGCCAAGAAGUCCGCCUCCAAGACACUGCUGGAGAAGACCCAGUUCUCAGAGACGCCCGUGCAGGACCGGGGCCUGGUGGUCACAGACCCCCGAGCCGAGGACGUGGUGCUCGAGCAUCGCAGCUACUGCGCAGCGAAGGCCCGGGAGCGGCACUUUGCCGGGGACGUCCUGGGCUACGUCACCCCAUGGAACAGCCACGGCUACGACGUGGCCAAGGUCUUCGGGGGCAAGUUCACGCAGAUCUCGCCCGUGUGGCUGCAGCUGAAGCGGCGUGGCCGCGAGAUGUUCGAGGUCACGGGCCUUCACGACGUGGACCAAGGGUGGAUGCGUGCCGUCAGGAAGCAGGCCAAGGGGCUGCGCAUAGUCCCUCGGCUGCUGUUUGAGGACUGGACUCACGAGGACUUCCGGAGCGUCUGGGACAGCGAGGACGAGAUAGAGGAGCUCAGCAAGACCGUGGUCCAGGUCGCCAAGAGCCAGCACUUCGACGGCUUUGUGGUGGAGGCCUGGAGCCAGCUGCUGAGCCAGGAGCGCGUGGGUCUCGUGCACAUGCUCACCCACAUGGCCGAGGCGCUGCACCAGGCCCGGCUGGUGGUCAUCCUGGUCAUCCCGCCGGCCGUCACCCCUGGGACCGACCAGCUGGGCAUGUUCACGCACAAGGAGCUGGAGCAGCUGGGCCCCGUGCUGGACGGGUUCAGCCUCAUGACCUACGACUACCCGACCGCGCAGCAGCCGGGCCCCAACGCACCGCUGUCCUGGGUGCGAGCCUGCGUCCAGGUCCUGGACCCCAAAUCCAGGUGGCGGAGCAAGAUCCUCCUGGGGCUCAACUUCUACGGCAUGGACUACUCGGCCUCCAAGGAUGCCCGCGAGCCUGUCGUCGGGACCAGGUACAUCCAGACGCUGAAGGAGCACAGGCCCCGGAUGGUGUGGGACAGCCAGGCCGCAGAGCACUUCUUCGAGUACAAGAAAAGCCGAGGCGGGAGGCACAUCCUCUUCUACCCGACUCUGAAGUCCGUGCAGGUGCGGCUGGAGCUGGCCAGGGAGCUGGGCGUCGGGCUGUCCAUCUGGGAGCUGGGCCAGGGCCUGGACUACUUCUACGACCUGCUCUAGGCCCGGCCGCAGGGCGGCCGCGACUUCCAGGCGAUGGGGGGCAUGUGGCGUGCGAAAUACAGACUCUUCCGUCUUCCCAA